AUGGCCGCCUCUCGCUACUGUCCGUCGUGUCUUUCAGCAGUCUCCAGAUCGAUACCGCAGACGCGAAUCAACCCAAUCCAAACGCCGUCCUUCCUCCUCCCUUUUCAUCAAAUCCGCACCGCAGUCCAAUCCGCCAAUGCCGCGAAAUACAAACGUAAAGGCAAGGACCAGCCUGCAAAUCAGCGACGAAAGAAGGGGCGGACGACAUACUAUACUGCAGAUCUCAAAAAUGCAUUGCAAUUCUCUUUGCUAGACGCGAUGCGGUAUCUUAAAGCCGCAGAAGUUGGUCGCCCACCCGCAUCAGCAAAGUACGAGCUACACGUGAAGCUCAAGACUCCCAAGAACGGCGCAGUCGUCCGAAACCGACUGCGAUUACCCCAUCCCGUCAAGACCGACCUUCGAAUUUGUGUAAUCUGCCCUUCGGAUAGCAAGCAAGCACAGGCGGCGCGAGACGCAGGUGCGGUGUUGGUUGGGGAAGAGGAGGUGUUUGAUCUGGUGAAGGAGGGCAAGAUUGAAUUUGAUCGAUGUAUAUGCCAUCAGGACAGCCUGCCGAAGCUCGCGAAGUCAGGUAUUGCCAGAAUACUUGGUCCACGAGGGUUGAUGCCAUCCGCGAAGACGGGGACGGUUGUCAAAGAUGUCGCCACUUCAGUGAGAGACAUGGUCGGCGCAUCAGAGUACAGAGAGCGGGCUGGAGUCGUGCGACUGGGCAUUGGUCAAUUGGCGUUUACGCCUGAGGAGAUGCAGAAGAACAUUCGAACGGCUAUCGACAGCAUUAAGAAAGACAUAGCAGGUGUUGCCGAUCGAACGCCAAAGGACAUACAUGAGGUGGUCCUGAGCAGCACCAAUGGCCCAGGCUUUAGCUUGAGUGGAGAGAUAAGAGGACCAAACAGCCCGCCGUCAAAGGACUUAGCCGUGAAAGACGAAGCGGUGGCAUAG